UAUAACGUUAUUUUUAGAGUGUUAAAGACGAAACCACCGUGUGUGCCUGCAGCGCCAUAGUGCGGCGUACGCAAGAAUAUUCCUCGUGACGCAAUAGGAAUUCGUCCUUUCCGUCGCGCUACCGUGAGUGGAACAUGUCGUAUACGUCUGAACGAAGAAAUGAUGAGCAAUGGUCGGGCGACUCUAAAAAUGGUCCGAGUGAAGGUGAACAGCCUGCCUAUGAAGGACCUCCAGGGAUGGACCCUGAGGGUGUCAUCGAGUCCAACUGGGAUCAAGUCGUCGACAACUUCGAUGAUAUGGACUUAAAAGAAGAGCUGCUACGUGGUAUUUAUGCUUAUGGUUUUGAAAAGCCAUCUGCUAUUCAGCAGCGUGCCAUCUUGCCCUGUGUCAAGGGGCACGACGUCAUUGCUCAGGCACAAUCAGGAACUGGUAAAACAGCCACAUUCUCAAUUUCCAUUCUUCAACAAAUCGAUACUAGUAUCCCAGAGUGUCAGGCUUUGAUCCUAGCUCCUACUCGUGAGCUCGCGCAACAGAUCCAGAAGGUGGUGAUCGCCCUGGGAGAUUUUAUGCACGCGCAAUGCCAUGCAUGCAUUGGUGGCACAAAUGUGCGAGAUGAUAUGCGCAAGUUGGACCAGGGCGUCCACGUUGUGGUCGGCACACCCGGCCGAGUCUACGACAUGAUCAGUCGACGGGCGUUACGAGCUGAUACUAUCAAGCUCUUCGUGCUCGACGAGGCCGACGAGAUGCUGUCUCGUGGUUUCAAGGAUCAGAUUCACGACGUAUUCAAAUUGUUGCCCCAUGAAGUCCAGGUUAUACUUUUGUCAGCUACGAUGCCCGCGGAUGUGCUGGACGUAUCCACGCGCUUUAUGCGCAAACCGAUUCGCAUUUUGGUGAAGAAAGAGGAGCUGACCCUGGAAGGUAUCAAGCAAUUCUUCAUCUACGUCGAACGUGAAGAUUGGAAGCUAGAGACACUCUGUGAUCUCUACGAUACCUUGAGUAUCACUCAGGCUGUAAUCUUUUGCAACACACGACGCAAGGUCGAUUGGCUUACCGAUAACAUGCAGAGCCGCGACUUUACUGUCUCCGCGAUGCACGGUGACAUGGAACAAAAAGAGCGUGACCUCAUCAUGAGGCAAUUCCGUACGGGUUCAUCCCGUGUCCUUAUCACUACGGAUCUCCUUGCUCGUGGUAUAGAUGUGCAGCAGGUGUCCCUGGUCAUUAACUACGAUUUACCAUCAAAUCGUGAGAACUACAUUCACAGAAUUGGUCGCGGUGGCCGUUUCGGUCGUAAGGGAGUUGCUAUAAACUUUGUAACAGCUGAUGAUAAGCGGAUCUUGAAGGAUAUUGAGCAAUUCUACAACACUCAUAUCGAUGAGAUGCCAAUGAACGUCGCAGAUUUGAUCUAAGUCCGCAUUAGCACUUAGCAAUGUGCGCUAGCCUAAUACAACACAAUAAUAAAGGCAUAUAAACAAAUUGAGUGCAGACGUUCGAUAAAAUUCAAUUGGUUUUAAGAGAAAAUGCAAAGAGAAGAACUUCAUUAAUUUUUAUUCGGUUGUCUCCAAAAGGCGCCUUCAAGUGGAAAUUUUCCGGAACUGAAAGUGGUUCUUACAAGGACCUCUUGCAACAAUUUGCAUCGCUCAACGAACUUCCAGAGCUACGUUAAGAUAUCAUUAUAUAGGAAGGAAAACUAAAUGGAACUGUGACAUAUUUCUGGGAGCUUUCCCUUUUCAUUAAUCAUGAAUUAUUUUUUAUAUUAGCUGAAGUACCGCCUCUAGGAGUUAUUGGCUAUAAUUUAUUGUAAUAAAGGAAAAUAAUAACUAAUAAAAAUAGAAAAGGUGAGUGGCGCUUAACAAACUCUUGAUCUAAUCUUUGACAAUGUUUCAUCUCAUGAAUCUUAUCGCUGAAACAAGCGAGAGCGAAACAGCUAUAUACCAUGUUUAUAAAAUUCAUAUUAAAGGUAUUACAGAUCAGGAUAGUAUAAGAGAUUAUAUCAACAGCGCAUUAAGUGUCACUGUUUUAAGAUUUUCUUUAAUUUCCUUUAUUAUAAGAAAUUAUAAUAUGACUCCGUCAGUCGAUAUUUCGUCGAAUCCAAUUAAAAGAACAGACCAUUUUGCAUUUACUCCAAGGGGAUUUUCGUGCACUGUAACGUCUCGACAGGUAGUUUCAAGACAUUCCGCUUGGCGGCGCUUUUUCGAGAUCAAUGAACAAAAAUUAAUUGUCUAUUCGCAUUUAUCUCUUGCAAUCAAGUCAAUUUCAUUGGCUUUUUUUUGUUACAUUUCUUUUUAACCAUUUGUUAUUGUAUUGUAUGUUGCAUUAGGGAAACGCACAUUGGUAAAUAAAUGUAUUUCUUGUCUAUGAA